CGCUUUUAUAGGACAUGUGACUAAAUGACCCGCUCACAUGGCCGCUGUGUUUGCAUGAUCCGCUUUGGUUUUUAAAGUCCAGUGCUCGAGCUCGCUCUGCAACAACCAUCCGGAGCAGAAGAACACUAAAACGCACGACCUAACCGGACAAGCCAUGGCGAGCAGUGGACAAAAAGUAGUUCUGAUCACCGGUUGCUCCUCCGGCAUCGGGUUACGAAUCGCCGUCCUGCUGGCCAAAGAUGAGAAGAAGCGUUACCAUGUCAUUGCCACCAUGCGUGACCUGAAGAAGAAGGAUAAGCUGGUGGAGACAGCAGGUGAUGCGUAUGGGAAGACCCUCAUGCUGCUGCCUCUGGACGUGUGCAGUGAUGAGUCAGUCAAGCAGUGCAUCAACAGUGUCAAGGACCGCCAUAUUGAUAUCCUCAUCAACAAUGCAGGUGUGGGCUUGUUGGGACCAGUGGAAAGCAUCAGUAUGGAGGACAUGAAGAGGGUGUUUGAGACCAACUUCUUUGGCGUGGUGAGGAUGAUUAAAGAGGUCAUGCCUGACAUGAAGAAGAGGCGGGCGGGACACAUCGUGGUCAUGAGCAGUGUUAUGGGUCUACAGGGUGUAGUGUUCAACGAUGUCUACACUGCCUCCAAGUUCGCCAUGGAGGGCUUCUGUGAGAGUAUGGCUGUCCAACUGCUCAAGUUCAACAUCCAUUUGUCUAUGAUUGAGCCAGGGCCGGUGCACACUGAGUUUGAGACGAAGAUGAUGGAGGACGUGGCCAAGAUGGAGUACCCAGGAGCUGAUGCAGACACAGUGCGCUACUUUAAAGAUGUUUACCUGCCCUCCUCCAAGGAUAUCUUUGAGGCCAUGGGCCAGACCCCAGAGGACAUCGCCAAGUGUACUAAGAAGGUGAUUGAGUCAAGGAACCCUCGCUUCAGGAACCUGACCAACAGCCUGUACACGCCCAUCGUGGCCAUGAAGUACGCCGACGAGACAGGUGGCCUGUCGGUCAACACCUUCUACAACCUGCUGUUCAACUUCGGCCCCCUCAUGCACAUCACCAUGAGCAUCCUUAAGUGCCUGACCUGCAGCUGCCUGCGCCGACGCACCAUCUCACCGAACUGAGACUGGGUCUGAAAUGGAACCCUAUUCCCUAUAUUGUGCACUACCAGGGUGAAAAGUAGUGUAUUAUAUAGGGAUAGGGUGCCAUUUUGGACGCACCCUGUGAGAAAUAUACAGUUGUGUAGCUGAAUUAUUGACACCCAAGCCUGGACCACCUGGGGGAAGGAGGGGCAUGUAGUUCUCGGGGAGAGAGGCCGUGAGAGAACCAGGAUAAGCUUGGCCAGGCAACACGCACAAUUGCACAAACACAGACAGUACAGUGUGACCUCAUACUUGGGGCUAGGAGUUUUCUCUGGUCAGAUCAUGUGAUCGGGAAAAACUCCUGGCCCUCCUCAUACAUACACACGAUUACACACAAACAACUUACCCACAAACACAGCCAGGCAUCUCCUCCGUCCCAGUCUUUUGAGGUGCUGCUGGGCAAUGACACUGUCUGUCCAUCUGUCCAUCUGUCUAUCUGUCUAUCUGUCUGUCUAUCUGUCUAUCUGUCUGUGGACGGAAAAACAAAGCACACAUAACUUACUAAGCUUACUUAACUUACUUACUUACUAACCAGUUACUAAGAAUAACAAAAAAAGAACAGCAUUACAAUCACAGUGAAAGCGUAACGUAGCACCCAAUGAACUGAAGACUCAGGCCUUGCUAAACUCUUAGUACUAUGCAGUAUUUAGCUCUGAGUUACAAAGAAUCUACUAGAUUCCUUCAUUGUACAUUUGAUUUGAUGUAUGUCUUUACAGUAGUAUUGUUGUUUUGCUGUUUAAUCAUAUUAUUAUUAUUAUCUUUUUAUAAGCUGAAUGUGUGGUUUUUAAAUGUUUAUGAAUGGAUAGAUUAUUCAUAUCUUAUUUUUGAAAGUAAUUAAUUGAUUUAGAAAUAAUCUGGUUGGAAAGAAAUAAAUUGGUUUACUCUGAAA